AUGAAGGCUUUUGAAAGCAAGGAAGCAUCAUCAUCAAGGCUGCAUGACAAUGAGCAAUUUGGUGGGAAGGUGCUUGUUGAGAAUAGUCAAGAUGAUGAGGUUGUUGAGCUAGAAGUGAGUAAGAAGGACAAAGGUAAAGGUCUUGAGCAAGACAAGGUGCAUGAGAAGCCAUCAGAGAAGACUAAACCCUUUUUGCCACCACCUUAUCAACCAAGGCUGCCUUUCACUAGAAAAUUCAAGAAACAGUUGCUGGAGAAGUAUAUAGCUUUAAUUGAUAAGCAGAUGGAGAAAGUUGAGAUUACCAUGCCAUUGAUAGAAGAUUUCCUUUUAGUUCCUCAAUAUACAAAGUUCCUCAAGGAUGCUAUAGUGGAAAAGUUAAAAAAGCUUCAAGUAAGUCUCAUGCCAUUCUCUAUUGCAAGAAAGCUGGAUUUUACUGUGUUCAAACCUUGUAGAAUCUCCUUGGUGUUAGCUGACAGAUCAGUGAGGCUUCCAGUUGGUUUACUAGAGGAUUUGCCUGUCAAAAUUGGUGAUUUUGAAGUCUCCACUGAUUUUAUAGUCCUUCAAAUGGAUGAUGAGCCUAAUAAUCCAUUAAUUCUAGGGAAAUCAUUCUUAGCAACAAAUGGAGCCAUAAUAGAUGUCAGGAAUGGGAAGAUUGACCUUCAUUUGGGAUCAGAGGUAUUGAAGUUUGAUAUCAAUGAGGUGAUGAAGAAACUUACCAUUAAAGGACAAGUCUUUUACAUUGAGACUGUGGAUCAGUUAGCUGAUGAAUUGCUAGAGGAGCUGCUCUAG